AUGCAAUCUGGAUCAGUCGAGAUGGGCACGAAGGCUAGAGCUAAUGUCGCUGGUCGCGGCGAGGUAGAAUUCAUGUUGAACGUCAACGGUAGUCCCCAUCCUUGCAAAUUGUCAAACGUUUUGCAUGUCCCUGAUUUCGGAUACUCGCUACUGUCUGUUUGCCAAAUGGUUUCGAAGGGUUUGCAAGUAUCAUUUGAAAAUGAGAAAUGCCGCGUUACUGCAGGACCAACUGUAGUUGCUACAGCGAGUCAAGUUGGGGAUUUGUACAUACUUGACGUCAUGAAUGAAUCCUUUUCUGCUCACGUAGUUACCCUUCAGACGCUACAUGAACGCAUGGCCCAUGUUAAUGUACAAGGAAUCGCAUCAAUGAUUCACAAUAAUGUGGUAAGUGGCAUCAACUCUGACAAUCACCCUCUCAUUUGUCCUGCGUGUGUGUUCGGGAAAGCAACGCGAUCAGUAAUCCCAAAACAGCGAUCAUCGUCUCGAGCAAAGAACUGUCUUGACUUGGUACAUUCUGACGUUUGCGGUCCGCUCGAAGUACAGUCCAUUGGUGGUUCGAGAUACUUUAUUACAUUUGUAGAUGAUCACUCGAACUGGGUAGUUGUGUACACGAUGAGAAAUAAAUCUGAGGCGUUUGCAAAAUACAAGUUGUAUGAAAAGUUGGCUCAAACCCACACUGGUCGCAAAGUAAAGGUGCUUCGCACUGAUCGAGGGGGAGAGUACUUGUGGACGGAAUUCUAA